GGGGUCACAGACGAUCCUAAACUCUGAAACGGGUCGUCUCGCUCUAUUCUGGAUUAUUUUCGUUCCUCCUCUUUUCUUCCCGUGUCGCUGAUUUCCCUCGAGGAGAUGUUUGGACGAAUCCCCAGAGAACCAAGUGUGUGUAGACCUCCACGUGUUCACCCACUCUGCCAGAGUCACAUGGAGCAGUAGAGGGACACACGGGCCGAGCGGGCCGACUCUCCUCAUUAACUAAUGAGCAGCGCGCACACACACACACACACACACACACGCACGCACACACACGCAGACCGAUUAUCUCAUGGUGUAACAGAGCGUCCUGGCCUCGCUCUGCUGCACUCACACAGCUGUACUCUCUCUCUCUCUCUCUCUCUCUCUUCAUUCAUGAAGUCAAACUAUUUUGGUCGUUGACUCUUCUCAUUCGCUCAGCAUGGAGGCGGUGGCUCUCUUCUCCUUCACCGCAUCAGAGGCGGACGAGAUCAGUUUCCAGAAAGGGGACAUCAUCAAGGUAAGAGUGUGUGUGUGUGUGUGAGUGUGUAAAUGCACUGUUGACUGUAACCUGUCCAGAGUCACGGUGUGUUCACGUUGUGUGUUGCCGUUGUGUGUUUUAGGUGACGGAGAUGGAAGAUGAUUCUUGUUGGUUCACCGCAGAGAUCCAGGGGAAGCGGGGCUACGUUCCAGAGAACUACAUUUCCCUCCUUCCUUAUCCGUAAAAAAACUCGCCUUAUUCCACUUCUAGUUCUGGAAACUUCUCUAAGAUAGGAAACUAUUGUUUGACACUUGUGGUCCUCAAAGUCUUGGGUUUGUGGUCCUUUCAGGCACAAAUCUGAGCCUGACUGAGUCUGUUAGAAGAGAGACGGUUUAUUCGGACUUUCAGAACCACAGACGCUUCAAACGGUCUUAAUUUAGUGCUGCAGCUGCUGAUCCUGGUUUAUUUUUAAACUACAGCAAAGAUGAUGAAGAUGUUCUUUGUUCCUCUGAAUCCAUUUUUAGCUCCAGAUCCAAACUGACCUGAUUUUGGGUGUUUUUUUGUUUUUGUUUUUUUUUUUUUUAAAGGUGGUUUGCUGGACGGCUUUCGAGACUCAACGCUGAGAAGCGUCUUCGCUGGCAGGACCCCGGCGUGUUCCUGGUGAGGGAGAGCGAAUCAGCUCCUGGAGAGUUCUCCAUCUCUGUCAGGUCAGUGGACGCACGGAUCAAACGUAGACAAACUUACACAGACCCACGCUGCAGCAGACUGACGCACCACUGAUCAACUCUGUUAAACAGCUCAUAUUCAGGCGUACACUCCAUACUGUUGUCUACUUUAACGCCGUCAGGAAACGGCACAGGCAGCAUCUAAAUCCUGUAUUAUGAGUUUUAUUUAGAUUCUUGUUUUGCAUAAGAUUGAGCACAUUUGCAUGUCAGAGCGUCCACGUGUCUCUGAAUGUGUGUGUCAGGUUAUUUAAAUACGCUCAUCAAGAACCCAUCACACUAAAAAUACAGUGUGUGUGUGUGUGUGUGUGUGUGUGUGUGUGUGUGUGUGUGUGUGUGUGUGUGUGUGUGUGUGUGUGUGUGUGUGUGUGUGUGUGUGUGUGUGUGUGUGUGUGUGUGUGUGUGUGUAGGGGUUUAAUUAGGUCACCAAAAGUGACGUGGGACUCAUUUAAUCAUUGAGGGUACAUUCAAUAAUCAGGGCGUUACAUAACAGCACUCAGUCUUUAAUUAAACGCAGGUACAUUAUGCAAUUGACACAUAACACAUCCAUAUUUGUAUAUACUGUGUGCGUGUGUGUGUGUCUGUGUGUGUGUGUGUUUAAAGGCUCCACAUCUGUCUGCUUUCGAGAGCUCAGAGAUGUCUUAGACUCCACAGACUCAGACAGACAGAGGUGAUGUUGAAGAAGAAGACGUUUAUGGGUUUAAAGCUCAGCAGAGUCUCUCAGCUGGUUUAGAUGAACUCGUGGAAAACAGGAAGUACUUUGUUAAUCUUCAGCUGUAUUUUAACGGCGCUCUCUACACUCGUCCUCAAAGUUCUGGAGGUCAGGAGAAGCCUCGAACUCUGAGGUCCACUUUAUCUCUGAGUUUCGUUCUGGUCUGUAGACUCUGUGCCCUCUGAUGGAGAAUCUGCGAACACUCCUGAAACGACCUUUUUUAACCUCUCUGGUUUUAAAGGUUUUGUGGUUUUAAGAGAACACAGAAAUCUCCUAUAUAUUAUCACCUUUAUCAUGUCUGUGUUAAAUAAAACCUUUAAAAAGCGUUUUAAAACGCAUGAUUACAUCAAACCUCUGACCAACGACUGAGCGUGAACAAACGACAAUCCUGAUGUCUUAUUUCUAAUUAAAGUUAUAGUCUGUUACAAACGGCAGGUCAGACGGAGGCUGAAAUAAAGAUAUUUAUAAACAGGAGGCCGCUUCUGCUCUGAAAACCAGAGUAAAGAUGUUAAAGAUGGAAUCUAAAAUAAAUACACAAUACUCGCUUUUUAACCCAAACUGCUGUUUACUCAUUAAAACUGCGCUUCACUCUGUCCCUCUGCUUUACUAACACACACCUGAUCCUCCUCCUGAUCCUCAGAUGUCUUUCUGAGCGCCUGUUGACGUGACGGAUAAUGAGCCAAACUUCUACGAAAGGGGAUUAGAGCCGCAUGAAGAGAAAAAAAUAAUUACAGGGAGGAGAUUAGAGUCCAAAUCUCAAGAUUAAGAUCGAAAUUAUGAGAUUAAAAAAUUAAAAUUAUGUCAAAAAAUUUGAAUUUAUGAUAUUAAAAAAUCAAAAUUAAAUUGAUAAAGUCAAAAUUCCAAGAAUAAUAAUUGAAAUCUUGAGACUUAAGUCGAAAAUUUGAGAUAAAAAAAUCAAAACUAUGUUGAUAAAGUCAAAACUCUGAGAUUAAAAAUUGAAAUCUUGAGAUUUUAAUCGAAAUUUUGAGAUUAAAAAAUUAAAAUUUAGGGAUGAAAAGAAAGUUAAGUUUUGAGAUUAAAGUCGACAUGAAUUUAAGUCAAAAUUUCAACCUCAAAAUGGAAAUUAAAAAAUGAUUUCCCUCUCUCCUUGUGGCCGUGAUCCUCUUUGGUAAACUUCUCAUAGGCGAGCUGGUUCAGUGGAUAACUUCAUAAAAUGAGCUGCUGGUGAAUAUUGUAGAGAUAUAGAGCGUAGUGUAAUAUUGAACCUCAGAUUAAUUAAAUACAGGGACUAUUUUUAAUCAAUAACACAAAGUUUGCUCCUCUUAAAGAUUCUCGCCCCUUCCUUUUUUUUCAUUGACCGUAGAAAAGUCAAAGAUGACCGAAGUUUGAUGACGUCUCCAAAAACAACAUCUCCACUGACAGCAACAUGUUUGUUCACGUGACGUUGAAAUAGGACAGCGCAUGAGAUAAAAGAGAUAUUUUAGGAAACACACCUCUGAGCCGUUCAGACUCUGUAAUUAACCUCGUUUAGUGACUUUGGAGAACGAAACCGGAGAAACAAGAAGGACAAAAGAAAACUGAAAGAAUCAGGAAUCAAACUCACGACUCUUGUUAUUAAAAACAAACGAGAAUAUAAACUAGAGCACUGAAUUAUAAAAACAAGAACAUAAACCAGAGCGCUGAAUAAUCCGGACAUCUCUCAGCAAACAAACAGAGAGGGAAUCAUGAGCAGAGUCGUCCUCGUGUUCGAGUUAUUAAACCAUUAUCCUCAGGCGUGUUAGGGAGGGACAAACCAGCUCCUUAUUAUUAUUAGAAUUACCAUUAUAAUUAUUAUUAUUAUUAUUACCACGUGCCUGUUUGUUCUGAAAUGUAAAUGAAUUAUUUUCAGGCUCUAAAUGACAGAAACAAUAGAAGCAAAGUUACUCCCUACAAAAUGAUCCAGCGGAAAACAAUGAGACAAAACAUCAUGGAUCAUUCAAAGGGGCCGUGCACACACACACACACACACACACACACACACACACACACACACACACACACACACACACACACACACACACACACACACACACACACACACACACACACACACCUGAAGCUCAUCACACACACACACACACAUGAAGCUCAUCACCCAGCAGGAGGCAGCUGUCAUGUUGUCCCUUCCUUUGUGUAAGACAAACCACCGUCAGUCUAAACGAGUAUUGGAAUUAUCGUUUUCUGGAUGGAUCAAUAUGCAGAUUGUCCUUUUUUUGAAAACACAGAGAAGCAGCAGGUCCAGUCGUCUGAGACCCUCGGAGCAGUUUUAGAAAAUCAUUAAAAACACAACGGUCCGUUUAUCGGUGAGGUCUGCUGACUGAGUCACUGACACAAACAUCUUACUCACCUCUGAACUACUGAGGAACCGCUCAGACCACAUUAAUGUGUGUUUAUUCACGUGUGUGUGUGUUUGUGUGUGUGUGUGUGUGUGUGUGUGUGUGUGCAUGUGUGUGUGUUUGUUGACACUGAAGCACAGGAACCUGUCAGAUGGUUUAGGAGAAACACCCACCUUCACCUUCAGUUCCUACACCAACAGAGAGUCUGCAGACAUUCCUGAAAAGAAAAACAAGCUCCAUCUCGGUCACGGACACACACACACACAGACACACACACACACAUACACACACACACACACACACACACACACACACACACACACACACACACACCUGAAGCUCAUCACACACACACACACACACACACACACACACCUGAAGCUCAUCACACACACACACACACACACACACCUGAAGCUCAUCACACACACACACACACUUGAAGCUCAUCACACAGCAGGAGGCAGCUGUCAUGUUGUCCCUUCCUUUGUGUAAGACAAACCAUCGUCAGUCUAUACGAGUAUUGGAAUUAUCGUUUUCUGGAUGGAUCAAUAUGCAGAUCGUCCUUUUUUUGAAAACACAGAGAAGCAGCAGGUCCAGUCGUCUGAGACCCUCGGAGCAGUUUUAGAAAAUCAUUAAAAACAGGACGGUCCAUUUAUCGGUGAGGUCUGCUGACUGAGUCACUGACACAAACAUCUUACUCACCUCUGAACUACCGAGGAACCGCUCAGAACACAUUAAUGUGUGUUUAUUCACGUGUGUAUGUGUGUGCGUGUGUGUGUGUUUGUUGACACUGAAGCACAGGAACCUGUCAGAUGGUUUAGGAGAAACACCCACCUUCACCUUCAGUUCCUACACCAACAGAAAGUCUGCAGACAUUCCUGAAAAGAAAAACAAGCUCCAUCUCGGUCACGGACACACACACACACAGACACACACACACACAGACACACACACACAGACACAGACACACAGACAGACACACAGGUGUUGGGUUUUUACGCCGCUCCAUCUUCUCACUGCAAAAAAAGUGGGGUCUAAAAACAAGAUAAAAACACUAAAUCUGAGGGAAACGGUUCUAAAAACAAGUGAAAUUAUCUGUCUGUGCAGCAGGAUCAUUCCACUUAACAAGAUUUCUUAAAUUAAAAUCGUUAAAUCUAGAAAUGAGCAUGUCUGCAAAUGUAUUUGAAAGGUUUAAAGUAGGACAAAAAUUCUGGUUUUAAGAUCAGAUUACCUAAAAUUCAACUUUUACAGCCCCCAAAAUAAGUUAAAUUUUCUAAAUAUAAGAAUAAGGUAAGAAGAAAAUGCUGGUUUUAAGAUCCAUCCACUUUCUAUAUCUCUUAUCCCUUUCGGGGUCACUGGUGAGCUGGAGCCAAUCCCAGCUGUCAUCGGGCGAGAGCUGAGGUACACCCUGGAUUGGUCGCCAGUCAAUUGCAGGGUCACAUAGAGAGACAGACAACCAAUUAUGCUCACACUCAUACCUGAGGACAAGUUAGAGUCACCAAUGAACCUCAUGAGCAGGUUUUUAGUCUGUGGGAGGAAACCUGAGUGGCAUGAUCCGGGGAUCGAAUCAGUGACCUUCUAACUGGGAGGCACAUGCGCUCUCCGCUGCACCACCGUGCUGCCUUUGUUUUGAGAUGAGAUAACUUCAAUCAAUUCAACUUUUUUACAGCCUCAAAAUAAGUGAUUUACACUAAAUAUGAGCAAUUACAUAUUUUGUUUUCUUACUUUUAACAAAUGAAGCUGAAGAUUAGUUCAACAAAACAUAGAAAUGUAGAGAAAAAUACAGAGUAUUAGUGAAGAAUGAUGAAACUGUCUUAAUCCAAGCAGGCUGAUCUUAAAACAAGGCUUAUCUAAUCUUAAAACUAAAUCUUAAAACCUAAUGCCUGUCCUCAUCUUUAGGACAUACAUCCUAAUAUGUACGGGAGUGUUGUGUAUUAUGUAUCAGGUGACUGAGUUUGUCUGUUUCCAGUUUUGUUUUUCCCUGUGAUAGUUUUACAAACAUGCUUAAAAUCAGAAAAAUAAACUCUUUUUCUAGAUAUUUUUUGUGUGACUCUUGAAUCAAGCAACUUGAGUUUGUUCCUUAAUCUCAAAACAAGAUUCCUUUUGAUGAGACUUUAACUUAUUUUAACAGUUAUUUUCCUCAUUUUAAGAUUUUCUACCUAUUUGAGACAAAAAAAAGAUAAGGUUGUGCUUCAUGUAAGAUUAAAGUGUAAAGUUAAACACUUAUAAUAAGAAAUUAAGUCUGAAAUCAGGAGAAAUUAUCAAACACUUUUAAAUCUAAGUUUUUUUUGUCUUGGUAAUAACCUGAUAAUUUGCCGUGCUCUCCCCUCUGACCUUCUACAGCUAUGGAGACAGGGUGGAGCAUUUCCGGGUGCUGGAGGGGGGUGGUCAGUACAGCAUCUGGGACGAGUCUUUCUGCUCCCUGAACCGUCUGGUGGAUUUCUACAGGACACACAGCAUCGCUGUGGAGAAGGUGGUCCUCCUCAGGGACCCCUCUUUGUCCCCUCACCUGCUGUCUCACUCUGGACGUAACCCGUACCCUAACCCGUACAAAAGCAGCUCUCAGGAGUCGCUCCUGUCGACCCGCCUCUUCGCUCACCCCCCUCACCCAGAGAGAGAGUGUCUGCUGGAACCCGUCGUGGCGGUACGGUGAAUCACUCGUCUUUAAACAGCACGCCUGUUUUCAUGAUGGAUGCCGCGCUCUAAUCUGCUCUCUUUGUGUCUGUAGAAACCUCGUCUAGCCCACGCCCUCUGCGACUACACCCCCCCUCAUACUGCCCACCUUCACUUCCUGCGCGGUGACAUCAUCGACCUGCUGGACUGCUCGAGUCACCUGUCCUGGAGGGGGCGCUGCAGAGGCCGAGUAGGAAUCUUCCCGCCUGAAUUUGUCCAGCCGCUGUACCACUGACUGACGCCAUAUCAGACUGACGUACCGUGGCCGUAUCACGCCAUCAGACUGUAGUGACCUUCCUCUUUUACCCGUGACUGAACUAGAGAUGAAACUGCGGGUCCACCGACUCCAAUUAGCAUCCCGAACUAAGACCUGUACCUCCGAAUCCAGCUCAGAAACGCUGCUUUGAUACAGAUUUAUAUCCCAGGGGCGCAAAAACGUCAGAACGAGUUUGAACAUUUACAAAAACCCUGACGCAGAUUUGAGGAUCAGACAGUUUCAUUUAGUCUUAAGGGGCGUUCACACCGAGUAAAAUCAUUCACAUGAAGGAAUUAUACUGUGUUCCAGUUACCUCGGAAGUCGGAUGUCGGAGCAGGGAAUGAUAUUACACCAGAGUUGACAGCGUUCCAGUUAACAAGUUAGAAAACCAAGAUGGACCGGACCCGUUGUUAGCUGUUGUUUACAAUUGUCAGCUGUCAUUAGCCGUUGUCAGUUGUUGUCAGCUGUUGUUCGCGAUACCAGUUGUAAAUAACACAGUAUUUUACUCGUACAAACACCAUAGCCCCGUGUUCACAGUGAGACGUUGGGUAGUACGACAUAUAUCACUUAUUUAAUUUUACUAAAACAAAACAGAAGUGAUUAUAAAUAAACAACUCAGAGCUCGGAAAUUCCAACUUCCGAGUACAACUGGAAUGUAGCAUUACAUCUUAAGUCAAUGUAAAGACGCGAUGAGAUGCUCUUACUACUCUAGCGGCACAAAUGAUGCAAAUUGGGCGAGUCAUUCACACGAAUUCGCUAGAGUUGAAAAUGUCUCAACUCUAGCGACAUUUGCGCGAAUGAAGCGAGUCAAUGAUUUUAUUCACUCUUGGUGUGAACGCCUCAUUAAAUGACCAGAAGGAGCAGUAAAAUCAGAGUAAUCCCUUCAAACAAAAGCACUUAUGUCAGUCUCCUCCCACUGUAAGGGCCUGUGUCCACCAAAUUACUGUCAGCCCACGUCCUCAAGAGAGUUUCAGAACAUUUUCACACGUGCUAGUUGUUGUUAGGUUGUUUCCAGGUACUUUUGCUUCCCUCGGGACAGACCAUGAAGUUUGUCUUAAAUGUUCUGAAUGGGACUGAAGACCACCAUUUUAAGGGCCUGUGUCCACUAACUGCUUUUUGUCCCAGUAGGGUGUGUGUGUUAGUUUGAUGGAAAUAAUUCAGUGGAGAUCAGAGCAGCAGGUCCAGGCCUGAGAACUGUCCCAAACCAAGUGAGGUUUGUUUCCUCUCUCUUUAGACCUCCACCAGAGGUCCGGCCCCCUUCUGAGUUUUUAAUAUGGCGUACAAAUGACAUGAAGUGGAGGUGUGCAGACCACCAUAAACAUAAACAAUAGGGCUUUGAACACCCGUGUCAUUUACUGAAGGUCCUGAGCAGAACCUCCUGAUUAAUGCUGUACCUUUGCCUUCCUUUCCUUCCUUAUUUUUGUCGUUAUCAGUAAAUCUGCGUAGACGUUUGACUGUCAGUCAGGAAGGUGAGAGAUGGAGCCUCAUUUUAGGGUUAUUAAUAUUAAUCCUUUUUGCUGCACAGUCUUGCUUUUGUGACCAGAAAUGAUAAAAUUCAUUAAAAGUGAAUUUGAACUUUG